ACACCCCACCCUUUUGUAUGGUAUUUAAGUCCAUCAUUGGCCUAGGUUCCCUGUGCUCAUUUUCACCAAACUCCCACCUUGCACCCUACACAAACAUUUAUUUAUUUUUAGCUUAAUUCCAUUAGGCAUGGCAAGCCCACAAUCCAAUACCCUGCCACCAGGAUUUAGGUUCCACCCUACUGAUGAAGAGCUCAUUCUUCACUAUCUUAGGAAGAAAGUAGCCUCUAUACCUUUGCCAGUUUCCAUCAUUGCUGAGGUUGAUAUCUACAAGUUCGACCCAUGGGAACUACCAGCUAAAGCUGCGUUUGGAGAGAAAGAGUGGUACUUCUUCAGUCCAAGAGACCGAAAGUACCCAAAUGGAGCGAGGCCAAACAGGGCUGCUGCUUCAGGGUAUUGGAAGGCCACAGGCACUGAUAAGAACAUAGUGGCAUCAUUGGCAGGAAGGGGAGGAAUUCGAGAACACUUUGGUGUGAAGAAGGCUUUGGUAUUCUACAAAGGAAGACCCCCAAAGGGUGUCAAGACCAAUUGGAUCAUGCAUGAAUAUCGCCUAGUUGACACCAACAAACCCAUUAAACUCAAAGACACUUCCAUGAGGUUGGAUGACUGGGUUCUAUGUCGGAUAUACAAGAAGUCAAAGCAUGCUCUAUCUUCCACUACAGAGGCAGCAUCAGUGCAAGUGAAUGAUCAACAAGAUCAAACAGAAGAAGAGGAGCUAAUCAAAGACACCCUUUUACCAAUCUCAAAGAGUCAUGUCCCUUCUCUUCAAAACACAUUAAUUUCUCAAAAAUCCAUAUCCUUCUCCAACUUGUUAGAUGCCACGGACUACUCCAUGUUGAGCAACAUUUUAUCUGAAAACCAUUUCAACAACCCAAUUCCAAGUUCUGGCUUCAAUUGUGAGACUAUGAAUCAAGAACUCCCCCAAGGCCAAAACUACACUGCCACUACUAAUAGCAACUUGUUUCAAAAGAACCCUUCAAUUCCUUACAUGGAAAAUAUGAUGAGGCCCAAACGCCAGCUUUCAAACAUAGAUGAAGACGCGUUAUACCCAUCAAAGAAAUUCCAUAGUUCCUCUUGCAAUUUCCCUAACACCAACCUCCAAAACCAGAACCCACAAUGGAACUUCCUCUCCAAGCAGCCAUUAAUGAAUCAGCAGUUACUUCCGGUUCCUCAGUAUCUUCCAUUUCAGUGAUGAUAACCAAAAACAAUUGCUACCCCAAUGCAUGUUUGGUUCAAUUUAUUUUAAAAUAACCACUUAUAUUUUAUAAUUUUAUAAAAAAUUUAAAACAAUAAUUAUUUUUCUAAAAUAAUUUUUUUCCAAACAAUGCUAUGUCAGACAAAAAAAAAAAGAAAAGAGUUAAAUAUCCACAAGUUGAGCCUGCCAUAGCACAUCGUCUACAUGUUUCAUUACGUAAGGAUUAGCACAAGGAAAGACAGUUGUUAUUUUCUUUUUAAUUUUCUCUUCUUUUCUUUUUUUUGUUAGAUAAGGAACCAUAAAGUAAGUUCCACUAUUGAAGAGUCAAAAGAAAAAAUCUAGGAUUGACGAUGAAUCAUAGACUAAUCGUGUAGAAAAUGUUAAUUUGUACGCGUUGGGUUGGACAAUUAGUUUUAAUUAUCUGUACUUUGUAUACAAUGUACUGGUUGGAUUACGAUGAUAUUUCAUUCUUUUUUAUGGGAAUAGCUUUAAAUUUUCUUUUGGAUUUGC